UGGGAAGGAUCGGAGGAAGGGGGCAGCUGGUCAACCGAGGGCUGCCUCCGCGCGGGCAGGAAUGAUUCCUACACCACAUGCAAGUGCUACCACCUGUCCAGCUUUGCCGUCCUCAUGGCUCUGAGCCCCAAGCAGCCAUGACCUUCCUGCUGUGCCGACCCAUCCAGAACACGGGCACCACCCUCCACCUGCACCUCGCUCUCUGCCUCUUCCUGGCCCACUUCCUCUUCCUCACAGGCAUCAGAAGAACUGAGCCCAAGGCGCUGUGCGCCAUCAUUGCAGGGAUGCUGCACUACCUGUACCUGGCCGCCUUCACCUGGAUGCUCCUGGAGGGGCUGCACCUCUUCCUCACCGUCAGGAACCUCCAGGUGGCCAACUACACCAGUGCGAGCAGAUUCAAGAAGAGGUUCAUGUACCCUCUGGGCUACGGCACCCCAGCUGUGAUCGUCAGCGUGUGUGCAGUUGUCGGACACAAAAAUUACGGAACGAGUACUCACUGCUGGCUCACAACUGAUAAAGGAUUCAUCUGGAGCUUCAUGGGGCCAGUGGCAGUCAUCAUCACGAUAAACCUUGGGUUCUACUUCCGAAUUCUAUGGAUUUUGAGAAGCAAACUUUCUUCUCUCAAUAAAGAAGUCUCUACCAUUCAGGAUACCAGACUCAUGACGUUCAAAGCCAUCGCUCAGCUCUUUGUUCUGGGCUGUUCCUGGGGCCUUGCCUUUUUCAUGGUUGAAGGAGUAGGGAAGACAGUGGGAUCAGCCAUCGCCUACGCCUUCACCACCAUCAAUGUCCUGCAGGGGGUUCUGCUCUUCGUGGUGUACUGUCUUCUCAAUCGCCAGGUGCGAAUGGAAUACAAGAAGUGGUUCGGUAGGAUGCGGAAAGGCGGCGGCACUUACAGUCCCGAGAUGUCUCACUCUACUACCCACACCAAAAUGAGUGCAGCAGCAAAACCUCUUGAAAACGUUGCACGUGUGCCUUGGACUCAAGAAGACUCUCUCUGAUCCUGCGCUUUGCAUUUUCCUAGCGCCGUUACCCUGAAGCAAGCGACGUGACCUCUCGGGACCUUGACGCCUUCACCUGAGGAGGAGGAAACCGCAUCAUCGAUGGCGGUGCCCUCACUUUACAUGGGGUAAUCAAGCGGCACUUCUUAGGGCACACGUCGUAGAGCGGCGCUCAAAAAAGAGUUCAGUGAAGUCUGAUUCAGGUUUCAAGAGAAACAUCCGUGGUGAACUUCGGUUUUCAGCGCGGGCUUCUGACGGCUCUGCUCUGCGGGAUCCUCACCGUCACUGUCACCGUCACCCGUGUCACGUUCAGCAGCUUGACAGCCACCAUCGCCGCAUCCACCUGGACAAUACCCACUACCGGCGUCGCUGUCACCGCUGUCACCACACCCACCGACACCGCCCCUGAAAACGGGGCCACGUCGUUCCUUCCCCAUGAACGUGACCCCACUGGAACAGCACAGUGCUCGGAGGACAGCUCUGUCUUAUCUCCAUGCUGCUUUCAAGAAAACAAAGUCCAGGGUGCAGCCACUGUGGAGAUCAGGCUGGAGAUACCUCA